AUGCAACGGAAGACAGAAAGGCAGCAGGCUUGCCUCAGCAGCAGCAGCAGCAGCAGCAACUGCAGCAGCAGCAGCAGCAGCAGCAGCACACCUUUGCCUCCUCUGCCAGACGUUUGGGCCCAAGGGGGGGCCCUGGGGGCCCCUUCCAGCAGCACUCCUACAUGCGUGUUUCUGCUGCUGCUGGCAGCAGCAGCAGCAGCAGCACAGCCAGCAGCAGCAGCAGCAGCAGCAGCAGCAGCAGCAAGCCAAAUGGAUGCGCAUAGCCUAAAGGGAUUCGCCAUCGAACAGGGGCCCUCAACCCCAGCAGGGGGGCCCCCUGGGGGCCCCCCAGGGGCCCCUCACUCUGCUGCUGCUGAUGCCUAUACACCCCAAUGCUAUAUGCCGAUACAGCUGCUGCAACAGCAGCAACAACUGCUGCAGCUGCAGCAGCAGCUUCAGCAGCAACAGCAACAUGCACCUCAGCAGCAACACCAACAAGAAACCGACUUAGGCCCUCUACGGCAGCAGCAACUGCUGCAGCAACAUUUGCUGCAGCAACAACUGCUGCAGCAACAACUGCUGCAGCAACAGCAGCAACCCCACCCAAACUCACCGUCGCAGCAGCAGCAAGCGAAUAAUGCACAGCAGCAGCUGCUGCUACAGCUUCAGCAAUUGCAGCAACAGCAGCAGCAACAGCUACAGCAGCAGCAGCAGCAGCAACUUCAACAACAGCUACAGCAACAGCAACAACUGCAGCAGCACCAGCAGCAGGAGCUCCAGCAACAGCAGCUGCAGCAGGACCAGCAGCAGCAGCAGCUGGGGGGAGAACUGCAGUCUGCAGAGCGGCAGCAGCAGCCGCUGCUACAACAGCAGCAGCUGCUGCAGCAGUUACAGCAGCAGCAGCAGCAGGACCAGCAGCAGAAAAGGAGCGCACGAGCUAGAAAGCCGCAGCAAAAGAGGCAGCAGCAGCAGCAGCAGCAGGAGAGCAUAUACAAAAAGACAUACACCAGCAACAACAGGCGUGCAAGAGCAGCGGGAGAAGCAGCAGCAGCUGCUGCAGCAGCAGCGGCAGCAGCAGCAGCAACAGCAGCAGCCAACGACACAGGAGCAACAGCAGCAGCAAGCGAAACACCUUUUGGAGCCGCCGCAGCAGCAGGAGCAGCAGCAACAGCAGCAGCAACAGAACCAGCGAUAGGCAGCAACACCAAUACAAAUCCAUCGAACCUUCUGCUGGCUUCUGCUGCUGAGCAUGUAGCUGCAGCACCCGGUGCGACAGCAGCAGCAGCAGCAGCAGCAGCCGCAGCAGCUGCAGCAGCAGGCCCUUCAUCUCCAGAUGCAGCAGCAGCAGCAGCAGAAGGAAGCGCACUUGAAGGUGAGAGUGCUUCUUUAGGUUUGCUGCAGCAGCUUCCUGUAGUGGAUGAAGCAGCAGCAGCAGCAGCAGCAGCCCAGACAGCUCAGCAGGCCGCCGCAGCCGCAGCAGCAGCAGCAGCAGCAGCAGCAGUGCCUCGGUGGAGACUACGACCUGUAAGAAAGCGCAGCAGUUUGCGUCUGCUGCCGCUGAAUGAAAGAAAAGAGUGGGAGGCCCCAGAGCUGCGGCAGUACCUUAGGGAGCGAGACUUGCGGGCUUACGCUUUGUGGCAGCAAGCGGUGCAGCGGGUAUUAGAUGAAGGGGGACGCGAAGCAGCAGCAGCAGCAGCAGCAGCAGCAGCAGCAGGACAACUGAAUGCCCUGUGCAAUAAAAAAAGCAAGAAGAGCAGCAAAGAAUCACUCCUUGAACCUCCGAAGAGGUUGCUGCGCCACGAGCCGUUUGACGAGCAGCUGGCGCUGCAGCACUACCAGCUGCUGCAACAGCAACAGCAGCAGCAACAGCAAGAAGAAGAGCUCUCCGCAGUGAAGUCGGAGGACAGCAGCAGCAGCAGCAGCAGCAGCAGUAGCAGCAGCAGCAAUACGGUUGCAAAUGAUGAGGCAUGCAGCAACAGAGUCGUUGCUGCAGCAGCAGCAACGGUUCCAGCAGCAACAGCAGACGAUGCAGCAGAAGCAACAGCAGCAGCAGCUGCAGCAGCAGCAGCAGGAGCACCCCGUGGCUUUGCAGAGGCAGCAAAAGAGGAAGAUGAUGAUGCCCCAGAUCAGCCCACUUACGGGAUGGAGCCUUACGAUUCAUCAUUGGAGGAGCGCGAAGAAGCAAAACUACCUGAUGUAUUUCCUUCGGGUAUUCAAAGGAGAAGAGACGACGCAUCUGUAGACCCAAAGGUUAACUACCACAUGUUUUUGCUGCUUCGUUUUCUCGAUUUGUUUGCUCCGCACAUUGGCUUAGAGGAUUGGUCCUUCGAGGCGGUGUUUGAUUUAGUUAUCAAACGAGACUUGAACGAAUUUGGAGCCCGUUUCUUCUCGCGGCUCUCCGCCCUUAUUGGCCGCCGGUACACCCCAGGUAACAACCUGUCGAAGUGUUUAUGCAAAUUUUUAGAAGACCGAGCGGCGAUUGAUUUUUUGUUUUUGUUUCCUCUUGGAGUUAACCCGUUUCUUGUUAGAGGCUGGGAGGAUGUUAAACCCUACCAGCGGCUGCGAUGUCUUCGUCUGCUGGUGAAUGCGGCUCUGGGCGACUCAGCGGCUAUUCACAACGUAAUAGACACCUGGGGACCUGCGAAGAAGUCUAAUUUUUUAGACGGUUCAUUCUUUAUUUCUUCUGAGGGUUUUGUUUUUUGGCUAAUAGCGGAGCAUCAGCAGCCUCAUGUUUUUAAACUCUACAAGGAGGACCCAGCAGAGGGAACGCUGGAGAUCGUGGCGGAGACUCUUGAGCAGCUGAAGGCGCUCGCGGAAGAAGAAGAGGCAAAGGAUCCGCCAGAUGAAUUUUUUCCUACUCUUCUUAAGGAGAAGCACAGCGAAUUGGAAGCUGCUGCUGCUGCUGCUGCAGCUGCUGCUGCAGCACGACAGGAGCUGGAGCAGCAGCAGCAGCUGCUGCGGCAGCAGCAAGAGCAGGAACAUGCAAAGGGCGAGGCGGAAGCAGACAAAGCGCAGCCCGAGAACGCAGGAGAUGCAAACCACAGCGAUGCACCAAUUGAGUACCGCAUUUUAAUGAAGAAUAGGCGGGUGGGGGCACGAGAAAGAGGCAGCAGAUUGGAGGCGAGAAACCAGCGGAUUGAAAUGCAACAACUGGAGGCGUGCGGCCCGUUGGGUGAGGAAGGGUGCGCAGCAGAGGCUCCGACAGCAGCAGCAGCAGCAGCAGCGCAGCAGCAGCUGCUGCUGCGCUCUCGACUGUGCAGCAGCCCUCCAUCUGUCUCACCAUUGAUGUCUUUUUCACCUCCGUUGCCGCAGCAGCAAAAGGGAGGGGGUCUUGGUGCUGCUGCUGCUGCUGCUGCUGCUUCUCCUCUGGUAUCAGCAACAGCAGCACCGAGCGCACUUGUUGCUUUGCUUCAUCUUGCUCUUACAACGCUGCCGCAGCAGCAGCAGCAGCAACAGCAGCAGCAGCAAGCGGCUCUAUUGGCUGAAAGGGAAGACCAGCAGCAGCAGCAGCAGCAGCGGGUAGAUGAUGAUAGCUGCGACCUGCAGAUGAACCCGCAGCCGCAGCCGCAGCAGCAGCAGCAGCAGCAGCAGCACCAACACAGUCGGCAGCUGUCUCCAGCCGAAGCAGCAGAACUGCAGCAACAUGCGCAGCUGCUCCUUGAUGUAAGGCACUCGUUGCUGCUGCUGAAGAAGCUAGAAGAAGCGCAGCAGCAACAGCAGCAACAGCAGAAUCAACAGCAACAACAGCAGCAGCAGAAAGGAGACGAGGAGGAACUCCGCGUACAGGCGGUGAUGGAAUUUUACGGAUUGCUGCGAUCCAAGUGGAAGGACGCAGCAGAUGCAGCAGCAACAGCAGCAGCAGCAGCAACAGUAGCUGCAGCGGCAGCAGCAAUCGGGCCGCAGCUGCUGCAGGAAGCAGACAAGACCUACAGUUUGUUUUGUGCUGCCCCUCAGCAGCCGCAGCAGCAGCAGCAGCAGAAACAGCAGCAAGAGGAGACGCAGCAGGAACAGCAGCAGCAGGAAGAGGAGGAGCAGCAACGAGAGCGGGAUACACAGCAGCAGCAGCAGCAGCAGAGCGAGCAGCAGCAGCAGCAGCAAAGUGCUUCAUCUUUUGACAAGGCUCCAGCGCUGCCGCUCACCGCAGAAGCGGCAGCUGCUGCAGCAGAUUGA